AUGGCAUGGACUGGGGCGAGCUGGCCGCUGUCUGGCGGCUCGCUGCUGGCGCUGGACGAGGCGUGGUGGGCGGGCGAUGGCGAUGGCGAUGGCGAUGGCGAGGGCGGUGGCGAGGGCGAGGCUGGCAGCCAAGAGGCCCGUGCGCGGGCAGGCAGCUUAGGCGCGGCGCAAGCCUCUCACGGCCAGCCAUGCUCCGACGACGACACCCGCCCGCUGCGACAGCUCGACCGACACGCUGAGCGGCUGCAGCUCCCCGUCCCCGUCCUGCCCGGCCUCUGCGACGCCGUGCAGCUCCCGCAACACCGCCAGGGCGGCUUCUGCCACUCGAGCCCGGCCCAAAACCUCGACAUCUCUGCCGCCGCCUCCUCCCCCCGCGACCUCGCACCCCUCGAACAUGGCGGCGCCAGCAUGGCCGUAGCCCCUCCCUGCCUGAGCCCGCUCCGCCAUGUCGUCGCCCACGAUGACGCCGCCGCCCCA